AGCCAGAGAGGAGCUCGCGACCAGACGAGCGGAGCCGCAGGUGCGCGGACAGAACAAAGACCGGCGUCGCUCACCUGCUGCCAUGGUUCCGAACCGCGGGAGAACUUCUGCGUCACAUAAAGGAGAACCCGUCCGAUGGUCGUCAGGAGCGGCUGCAGCGUGCUGAGCGUGUUUCCUGCUGAGCUCGCCAUGCCGGUCGACAUGGCGUUACCUGUGUACCUGUCCAAAGAGGAGUUCGUCUACAGGACGUCUCACCAAACGUGCCAGCCUGCUCUGAACUCCUGUCUGAGGUUCCAACGGGCACGCCGCGUCCAUCAGGCCGAGGACGGACGAUCGUCCAGGAGGCGGGUGACGUUCGCCGAUCAGCGAGGUCUGUCUCUGACCAGAGUGAAGAUGUUCUCUGAGUUUGACGAUCCCAUCGACGUUCCUCUGAGCGUCCAGGAGACAAAGAGCUCGGCUGAAGAGGACAAGCUGGUCCUGGACUUCGCUCAGCCCUCCUCAGACUACCUGAGCUUCCGUCAGAGCCUGGAGAGGAACUGCGUCUGCCUGGAGCACUGCGUCCUGAAGGAGAAGGCGCUCGCGGGAACCGUGAAGGUCAGAAACGUGUCCUUUGAGAAGUCCGUGAAGCUGCGAGUGACCUUUGACACCUGGAAGAGCCACGCGGACGUAGACUGCGAGUACAUGAAGGACACCUACCCCAGCUCGUACGCCGACACCUUCUCCUUCCACGUGUCCCUUCCCGACGAGCUGAGGCCGCACGAGCGCGUCGAGUUCGCCGUCUGUUACGAGGUGGGUGGGCGUGAGUACUGGGACAGCAACCGCGGGAACAACUACCGGAUCAUCUGGUCCUCCAUGAAGAGGAGCCAUCAGGACGCCAGCGGCCGCUCGGACUCCUUUGGGAUUCAUUUUGAGCGGUACGGCAGCCCCACCUGCUCACACGGGAUCUUCCCUGACUGGCCCAGUUACGCCGGGUACGAGAACAGCGGGCCGUACUACUGAACAUGUCACGUGAUGAACCGGGUCCAACGUUAGGUCACGUCACCGCUGCUCGUCCAUGAAUCUUUGCUUGUUGUUGUUUUUAACGACGUGUGUCAUCGUUUCUGCUCCACACACACUUUUACAUCAUCUGAACGUUUCCUUCACGUUUCUUUAAGGUUUGUUUGGUCUCAGAGUUUAGUGAAAUAAAAACUUCCUGUGUCCUUGAAUGUUUCUGUUUGCACAUGCUCAGUGCAGACGUGUCUGAAUGAUUCAUUUAAGAAAUGCUGCUCAAUAAAGUCGUCAAACAUUG